GACAUCAUACCACAUCAUAUCUUCUAGAAUUAAAGCAGUUGCAGCCCUGUUAAUAAACAUCUUGAGUACUAGGUGACUUCUACAUUGUUCCACUCACUCACAAUCAACAACACUGCAGUAAAGAAGUCAAUUGCUUGUACUUCCCCUCAACUAUCGUCUAUUGACUUGCUCACGUCACAUACCUGUGUACAUUUUUCGCCCUCAUAGCCAGAGCAGGUAUUCAUAACACAGUCUCCAUAUUGGCACUUGAAACCGACAUACCUCCCCACUUUGGCAAAGUCAACCAAGAAAUAUAUUGCUUGGUGAUUUUCGGUACAUGAUGGCGGCGGCAAUGUUUUACACCGGCGAUAUCAAUAGCGGGAUCAGCAAGGCUUUAGCGGAGUCUAAACUUGUUGCAUGUUUCGUAACGAAUGGUAAUGAAGAAAGCAAACUCUGGGAAGAUGAUUUCUUACGAGAUUCCGAGUUAAGUUCUUAUCUACAAGAAAGAACAGUUUUGCUACGCCUCAGUGCUGGCUCUGAAGAAGCCAACUAUCUCGCUGCAAUCUUUCCUAUUCCAAAAGCUCCAACUCUUGUUGCUAUAUGGAAUGGAGAACUUAAAGAAUAUUUAAGUGCAGGCAUAUCCAAAGACGACUUCCUAGUACGAUUCAAGAAGGCUUUGGAGUCUACAUCUAGCCAGAGGAAUGUUGAGAAUGAUCGCACUGUGUCACCUAAUGGAACGCAAGCUUUGCAGAAUCCAGAACAGCGUACGACGGAAGGCCAAUCAUCGGGUUUUUUACCUACUCAUAAUUCCAACAAUGGCACUAUGUCAGCUUCACAAUCAGAUUAUAAUAAUGCUACUGGGCAACCCAGUACGAGCUCGCAUCCCAGAGAUCCCAAAGGUAAACUACCCGAAGAUUCAAAGGCUGCGGAAAACCACUCUAAACAGUCAUCCCAAGCGGCGGAAACCGUUAGUUAUGCUGCGAUUCAAAAGAAGCGCCAGCAAGAGGCCAGAGAAGAGCGAGCGCGCAUUCUUGCACUUGUUGAAAGUGACAAAGCAAGAAGACGAAACGAUGCAGGACGCAAGCCUAGCCGUAGUGACCACGACACAGAACAAUCAGUGGCAUCCGGCGAUAAGAACACAUCCAUUCCAACCACGGCAUCAAAGGCACAGGAUUGUGCCCUUCAGAUCAGACUUUUUGAUGGAUCUUCCAUCCGUUCCAGAUUUCCUAGCACCAGCACCAUUAGUGGUGACGUAAGAAAGUGGGUUGACAGUCAACAGAAGGACGACGCGCCUUAUAUAUUUAAGCAGGUUUGUACGCCUUUGCCAAAUAAAACCCUCUCAAUGACCGAUGAAAGCCAACACUUGGCAUCAUUAGGUCUGUCUCCGAGUGCCACACUUAUUAUUGUUCCGGUUCAAACAUAUACUUCUGCUUAUGAAGUAACAGAAUCAAGUAGCAUCUUAUCUAGAGGAAUUGCUGCUGGAUACGGCCUCGGCGCCUGGGGUGUCAAUAGGGUAUUGAGUACUCUUGGCGGCAUUGUUGGCAAUUCGGCUACUACAUCGGAUACUGAACAGAUGGUCGGAUCUAGCACAUCAGUAGGAGGUGGCCGUGCGUCAAAUCUAAGAACUCUUAGAGAUCAGAAUGAUAAUGACAACCAUCAUGAGUUGUACAACGGAAAUACUCUAAACUUCGAGCCUCGGAGGGAUGAUAACGACGGGCAAAAUUGAUCUGCUUGAGAUACUCUACUGUUCAUAAUAGGUAGCUAUGCAUACUGGUCACGAGAUAAUAUGAGGCAUGGGUCAUCUUCUUAAUUAAUCUUCGAGUUUAUUGUUGUGGCACGAAUUGCAACACGGCAAAUAUAGUCAGCCAUUGAUUCGGCAUGUAUUUGUAGAUAGGUGCGUACGUUGUCAGUAAUGAAUAUUCAAGUUGAGCUUUUCAGGCAGCAUGGCGUCUUUGUUUUAGAUACUCAUGCCAUUUGCCAAUUCACGUUUAUAAAUAAAACGCCGAGAGGAGACGUAGUUUAAGCGAAAAUUCUCAUGAUUGACGUGGCGGUCCUUCGGCCUAGUUGUAGGUUGUCAACCAUUACAGAAUAUCAAUGGGCAAGUAUUGAAAUCA